GGCCAAGCAGCGUCUCGGGCUCUGUGCAUCUCUUCGGGAGCGGCGCGGGAAGGAUGCUCGUCCGCAGGGGCGCGCGCGCGGGGCGCGGGAUGCCGCGGGGCUGGACCGCGCUCUGCUUGCUGAGUUUGCUGCCCUCUGGGUUCACAAAUACAGAGAACUUGACUACUACUGCCACAAAGACAUCUACCCCAGGAAUAUCUUCAACUGUCCCUACAACUAUACCCAACCAGGAAAGCACAAUAUCAAGUACUUUUGGAAACAUCAGCCUCUACGCUGUCUCUCAGGACAGCAAUGGGAACACAGCAGCCAUCUCAGAGCCUACAGUCAAUUUCACAUCUACCUCUGGGAUCACCCCAGUCCCUGGAACCAUGAACUCUUCUGUCCAGUCACAGACCUCUUUAGCCACCACAGUGUCUUCUACCCCCAUCAACUUUACAACUUCAGAGAUGACCUUGCAGCCCAGCAUGUUACCUGGAAAUAUUUCAGAUUCCCCAUACAAUAGUACCAGCCCUGUGACAUCUCCCACUAACCCCUAUACAUCAUUUUCUCCUAUCCCAAGUACCAUCAAGGGAGAAAUAAAAUGUUCCAGAGUCAAAGAAGUGAAAUUGACCCAAGGUAUCUGCCUGGAGCUAAAUGAGACCUCCAGCUGUGAGGAGUUUAAGAAGGACAAUGGAGAGGAACUGACCCGAGUCCUGUGUGGGAAGCAGCCGGGUGAGGCCAGGGCCGGGGUGUGCUCCUUGCUCCUGGCCCAGUCUGAGGUGAGGCCUCACUGCCUGCUGCUGGUCUUGGCCAACAGAACAGAACUUUCCAGCAAGCUCCAACUUCUGAAAAAGCACCAGUCUGACCUGAAAGAGCUGGGCAUCCAAGGCUUCACUGAACAAGACGUCGGGAGCCACCAGAGCUAUUCCCGAAAGACCUUGAUUGCCCUGGUCACCUCGGGGAUCCUGCUGGCUGUCUUGGGCACCGCGGGCUAUUUCCUGAUGAACCGCCGCAGUUGGAGCCCCACAGGAGAAAGGCUGGAGCUGGAACCCUGAUCGCUCUUCAGGAAGAAAGGAGUCUGCACAUGCAGCUGCAACCUCCAUCUUCCCCUCCCACUCCCUUCCUCUUCCUCCCACCCCCCCUUCCUGCUGCCCUGCUUAUGAGAUAAUGCUCCUUUAUUUAUACACCAUCUAGGGCGAAGACCCUUAUUACACGGAGAACGGUGGAGGCCAGGGCUAUAGCUCAGGCCCUGGGGCCUCCCCCGAGGCUCAGGGAAAGGCCAGUGUGAAUCAAGGGGCUCAGGAGAACGGCACCGGCCAGGCCACCUCCAGAAACGGCCAUUCAGCGAGACAACACGUGGUGGCUGAUACCGAACUGUGACAGGGGGCGAGUGGGUGGGGCGAGACUGGGCAAAGUCUGGGGAAGGAGCCCCUCCCUGCACCUGAGCACGUGCUGUCUCCCUGCUGGGGGAGCCUCCCUUAUCCUCCACCCUUUCCCACUGCACACCCCGUCGGAGGCCGUUCCUGGGACCCUGCCCUGUUCCAGGCCAAGGGGUUCUCGCCACCUUGGGGAGAGACAGGUAGCUCCUGCCCUUUCCACAUUCAGCUCCCUGCACCCAGCCUCUGGGCUGCUCUGCGUAAAGGUGUGAUAGGGAAAGCCAAGAUGCAGAGAAACUCCUUGGGGGGGUUGAGGGCUUGCAGCUUCCACACAGGGGCCCCUUCUUUCCCCAUCCUCUCUGCCUCAUUAUAGGAACUCCCAGGGGAAAGCACAGGCUUUUCUGGGUUGUAAUUUCCUCCCAGGAGACUUUGCCUUUUACUCUUUCUUCGUUAUAUUUUCUUUCUCUACUUUAGGGAAACCAAAGCAACCCCUUUCACCUGCUCCUUUGUAAUGAUAUAGCCAGAAAAUCAUGUUGUCUUAAACCAUCUCUCUCAUUCCCCCUCUAAGGCACUGUGGAUUCUGUCACCAGCUCCCCUCUUGCUCUCCAAGUUCCCUGAGCUCCACAGGCCCUGCCCGCCCCCCGCAAGUUUUAGAACAAUGUCCUGUGUCUAUGUGUUUGGGGUAUGUGCACACACAUGGACACAAAUGGGUGAGGGCACAUAGCUUGGCCCUUAUCUCUGCGGGGCCAUGCAGAGCUUCUGCUUGGGCUGCUGCUUCUCCCUGUGGUUCAGAGUGGACAGGACCGUGGGACCAGAUCUCUGAGCUGUGCCUCUUGACCUGUGUGCUUCUGAGGAAGACUCUUGCACGGAGGCUAGGUUCUGACCUUAACCUCUGUCUCAACGGCUUCCUCCCUCCUCUCCCUGACUCCUGGGUUGAGCUGUGGCCUCAGCCUCCCAGCAGACUCCUUUCUGUCUCUGCCUUCCCAACCCUUAAUCCUUUUACUGCUCUGCAACCCAUGUGGUCAGGGCCCCAGCACGUCUUCAGAGGACCCUCACCACAAGCCACCUUUUCUGUGAGUGACCCAGGUCCUGUUUUUGUUUCUGUUUUAUUCCAGAGGGGUGAAAAGGGAUCCUGGUUUCAAUGACGGUUGGAAAUAGAACUUUCCAGAGAUAGGAAGAUGGGGUGGAUUUUUUUUUUUCCUGAAUAAAAAAUGGUGUGUGUAAAUACUGUAAUUAAAGUGAUACUGAAACAUA